AAAGCAAUCGCCUCGACUGUCAACGCGAAACUUGCAGCGGAGUCGAAAUCCAAAAAGUGUAAUGUCACUAGUUUUUCACUGGAGAUAGCGCAGAUUAACGCCAACAUUGCCAACUCUCGUCAUCGUCGCCGUUUCGUCGUCGUUGUCGGGGCCUAAAUUUCGAUCCCGGUUCCGUGUUCCGGAUUGUUCCGAGGUUUUUCCGUUCAAGUGGAAAGUGUAUCUACGGUAAGCGGGUUUUACCGUACGGGGGAAUCGAUUUUCGAUCCCCGAUACCAGGAAAGUUCGGAAGUGCAAGUGCAGUUUUGCGGGAAGUGCCUGUAGGUCCGGGGGUUUCUGGUGCAAGGAAUAUAUCCAGCUCUAGUGUGUUCAAGUGACAAGUGGCAGGAAUCGCGCAGACAACAGCAGCACGAUGUCAUCAUCCGGCGAUUUUGGGAAUCCGCUGCGGAAGUUCAAACUGGUGUUUCUCGGGGAACAAAGCGUUGGCAAAACUUCACUAAUAACACGGUUUAUGUACGACAGCUUUGAUAACACAUACCAGGCCACCAUCGGUAUAGACUUCCUGUCGAAAACCAUGUACCUCGAGGAUCGAACCGUCAGACUACAACUGUGGGACACGGCCGGACAGGAACGGUUCCGAUCCCUCAUACCCUCGUAUAUCCGGGACUCUACCGUAGCGGUAGUAGUUUACGAUAUUACAAAUGCAAACUCAUUCCACCAGACCUCAAAAUGGAUCGACGACGUGCGGACGGAACGUGGCAGUGACGUCAUCAUCAUGCUAGUGGGCAACAAAACUGACCUCUCGGACAAACGCCAAGUUUCGACGGAAGAGGGCGAGCGGAAAGCAAAAGAACUGAAUGUGAUGUUCAUCGAAACGAGUGCGAAAGCCGGCUACAACGUGAAACAGCUUUUCCGACGAGUGGCCGCCGCCCUGCCCGGUAUGGAUUCGACCGAGAACAAGCCCCCAGAAGACACUGUCGAUCUGCAAACUCAACCCUCGAACUCCGGCGAUCAACAGGAUUCGGAAGGUGGCUGCAUGUGUUAAAACGAGGUGGCGAUCGCGCUUCAACGUUUCGAAUAAGUACUAGCAAACCAAAACCAAAAACAACAUAAAACAAGAAACUCAACAAGGCGAACCUCUCACUCAAAAUCUCACUCAGUGAAUGGUGCGUGUUCAGUUAGUGGUUCAAGCUGAUUGCAAAGAUCGGAUCAAGGAUGCGCACGCAAAACCGAAAAAAAUGCUGCUUUAAUCGGAAUGUUCUUUCAUUUGUGGGUGAAUCUUUAUAAUUUUUAUUGCAAAUUAGGGACAGAGAUUGGGUAAACACAAAACCCGUAAGUGGCUGCAGUGGAGACAAAAUCAAAACGAUGUUUUGCGUCAUUUAGCUGAUCGAAAGGGCAAGCAAAUGGAAGAGUUCAAUUAUGAGAGUUUAGCAUGGAUUAAUACAGAAGGAAAAUAACCCUAGGACUUAUAAAAUUUAGCUAUGCUGUAACUAAAAAACAAGAAAGAAAUCAGAAAAAAUCAUUCAUCUUAACCAAAUAUAGGUCAUGAACAAAAGUGAAGCACAAAAAAUCAUGUUUUAAACUUAAUGCAUCAAUCGUGGGAGGUCAGUGAACAAUAGAAAUAGAACUCAUUAAACUAAAAGCGCAAUGCAUGAUCCCAGCUAACAAUCGCUAGAUCUAGUUUAGAUUGCAAAAGCUAGAAUAAAAUGUACAUGGUAUGGAUUUCAGUUUUACGAAAUCAAUUGAGGUUUGUUCUAAAUAAACCUUCUGAUUUUGUGUAAAAUGCGUUUCAUCCUUUCACCUAUCGUUCGAUUGGUAAAAAAAUUGCAAUGAAAACAGUGUGUUGUAACAAAAGAAAAAAAAUCCUUUAGUAAAAACAAAGUUAAUAAAUAAUCCCACCCUUCUCCAAGUAUUAAAUCUUAUCAAUUAGUUUUCAAAUUCAUUUUAAAUUAUGGAACGCAUGUUCGCAAAUCUUUUCCAUAACGAUAGUUUAAGCCUAAACUAAUUGAUUUCAGAAAUAAAUUAAAAAUCUAGAUGUGCAUAAAUUAAAGGUUUAAAUUGAGUUUAACAGUUUUCAAAAUUUCAAAAACUUCUUUAUAAUUUCCAAACCAAUCGUAAUUUCUUGUUGCUCAUUAUUAAACCUGAUCUAACAUACUAUAAGCAAAUGAUAGAGACAUAUUGAUACUUUCCAUACGAAAAAAUAUUACCUAAUUGAAAUUUACCGUUUUAAUGAAAACCCCUAGUUAAUUAUUGCGUAUGUUUUCGAAAGGAUAAAGUAAACUUGGGAAAAUUGGAACUUUGUUCAGCUCUGCAAACCAUCACGCCAAAAAUCACAUUAGCUAAUCAACGAAUAUUCUAAAAAUCUCACAAUUCAAAAUAGUUCCACAGACUUAAAAGUGACAAACCAAAAACCCGGAAAACGCAAUCAAGUUUUUACCCAGCGCUAAGAACGAAUAAAAUAGAAAACAGACGAUCAUCAAAAUCAUCGCAGGCCAAAGUUGGUGAGCAUGUUUGAAAAAUGAAAAAAAAAAAACUUUAAAAACCUAAGCGCAUACCGAACACUUAAAGUUAAAAACCAAAAAAUCUCUAUAGGCAAAAUAUGACAAUUUUUAAAAAAGUAAUGACUCAAAUUCUAUCGCUAAAAUCAUCAUAUAAUUAAUAAUAUUGAGAACAACAACAAAAAGUUAGAACAAAAAAUUACACCUACAUCUACAUUUUUCAAAAUAAAAAUCUUACAUAGAUACUGACCCUGCCCCGCCAUUUUCACCACCAGAGAAUCAGUCAAAAAAAACCGAAACAAGGAAAAUCUGUAAAGCUUGUUGGAGUAUAUGAACCAAAAGAGUCACCGCUCGCCGGCAUUCACACGGAUUGGCUGUUGGAUUUUCGAAACAACAUGUUGUGUUAGCACCCGAAAAAAACACGAACCCUUUUCGUCAAGUGUUUUUGGGGGAGCAUGAAUAGUAAGAAGACAAAAUUAUGGAAUCAAGAAAAUAAUUAACAAACUAACGAAUUAAAACAUUCACCACAACAUGUCGCUUUUCAUAGUUAAAAU